GUCGUGCUUGCCAGAUGUAGACCAAGUACGAGGCCCAGAGGAAGGCAUCGCGUGGGAUUGGUUCCAGCGGGCAGCUUUCGCCUGCAUCGAACAGUCGGAAAGCGUUCUCGUCGCGGCCCCGACGUCGGCAGGGAAGACCGCAGUCGCCAGAAAUGCCAUCAAGAAAUGCAUUGCGACUGGAAGUCGAUGUGUGUACACGGCGCCUGUGAAAGCUUUGUCGAACGAGAAGUUCAGAGACUUUGUUGCCGAGUUCGGAGCCGAAAAAGUCGCUCUGCUGACAGGCGAUGCACAGGCUGGAAACAUGGAGCUCGCUCAAGUGGUUGUAAUGACAACGGAAGUGCUGGUCAGCAUUCUGCACAACGACCAUGAGUCGGACUUCUUGGAUUUGGAUGCGCAGGCAGAUACACGUCAGAAUCGAAGCAUCGGCGAGCCGCGCCGGCUGCUUAUGCGCCAUUUGUCUUAUGCGAUAUUUGAUGAAGCGCACUAUAUAGCAGACGAAGAGCGUGGAACAACUUGGGAAGAAGCCAUAAUCCUGCUUGAGCGUCACAUUCCUUUGCUUUGCCUUUCUGCCACAAUUCCGAACUUUGUUGACCUGGUCGGUUGGAUUGCGCAGACUCGACAUUCUCCUUGCCAUGCAAUCUUCACGCGUUGGAGGCCCGUGCCGUUGGUUCAUGGCAUCGUCGCUUGUCCACCUGCUGAAGCCACACAGACAAUUUCGGACAAAAGGGGUAAAUUCAAAAAGAAAUGCUACCAGGAAGCUGUGAUGCACCUGCCAAUGCCGCCGGACAAGCCUGCACGAGAUCUGGAUCGUGGGCAGGAUCUUGUGUCGAUUUUGCAUGUCUGCAGGUCCAGCAAGCAGAUGCCGCUGAUCAUUUUCUCUUUCUCCAGACGAGAGGCUGCUGAGAUGGCACGGAAGUUGGCGCCUUCAGUGCGGCUUCGGCAAGCUCUGACAAGGACGGUGCGUGCUCAAGUGCGGGAAGUCGUGGAGAAGCAGUUGGCGGAGCAAGAUCGCAGUUUGCGCUCCGUUCGAGAGUGCGAGUUCCUGCUAAGCAGGGGUGUUGGCCUACACCACGGUGGACUGCUACCAGUCUUGCGUGAGCUUACGGAGAAGCUCUUCAAGGAAGGCUUUGUCCGAGUCCUUUGCACGACCGAGACCUUCGCUGUGGGGGUGAACAUGCCGAGCCGAGCUGUGAUCUUCAAUUGGCCCCGGGGCAGCGAGUUCAAGAAGUUCGAUGGAAGUGAACAGCGGCCCAUCCGGUGCGGCGAAUACAUGCAGAUGGCCGGGAGGGCAGGUCGACGCGGCCAAGACACCCAAGGGAAUGCUUGGAGCAUGAUGACGCAGCAGGUAGAACCCAGCUUUGUACAGAGGCUUGUUGCUGGCAGGGCCGAACCAGUUGAGAGCAAAUUCACCUUGAGCUUCUCCUUGAUCCUUCGUUGCCUCCGUUCUGGGGGAGGCGUUCUUACCUUGCUGCUGAUGCAGAGCUUUAAGCAGUUCGAGACGGGGAAGUCCGAUGAGCUGGUUUUCCAAGAAGAACUCAGCAAGAAACUUGCAGUUCUGAGCCGACAGGGUCUCCUUCACGACGGCCUGCGACUGACGCCGUUGGGCAGUGCUUGUGCCAACAUCCAAGUGCCCACACCGCCGCUCAUUAGCUUCAGGAUUUGGCAGAUGCCUCUGGACCUCCGCACCGGGGAGCUGGCCCACCUUGUUGCCUUCUUGAGCUGUUUCGUGAACGAUCUUGAGGAAGAGGAGGAGGUUGUGACCGGCAGAGACUUCGAUCCUUACUGGACCUGGUGUGAAACAAUGUCGGAAGAGAUCUCACGUGACCUGAACCUUUGCAAGAUUCCACAUCCCGCUCCAAAGCUUGAAGUGCAGCAGCUUCGAAAGCGAGCUGGCUUUGUUGAUCCUGUCUUACGCUGGAUGAAGCAGGAGAACUUCGAGAAGUGUAGUGAUGCAGCUGGUGGGUCUGAAUUUGAUGGGAUUCUGGCACGGGUCUUGCGAAGAACAUAUCUGUUCUUGAAACAACUGGAAGUGGCAUCAGACCUGCUGCAGACACAAGAAGAUGAUGAGUUCGCUCAAUUUGCGCAAGCACUGAGAGAUGCACGGCUUCGACUGCACCGCGGAGGGUCUUCGCAUCGUUCGCUGCCCUUUCUCGAGUCGAUUUUUCUGCCUUUAUCCUUCGAGCCAGACACACUUGACAGAGACACGUUGAAGAAGCCACUUGCUCCGUGCCCUUACGAGGCAGGUACCGAAAUUGAGCUUUCGCCGAAUGAGAUCGGCUUUUCUCACUUUUCGAUUUCUUCACAUUUCAAGGAUGGGAAGAGUAUCGCUGCUACUUUGAAUGAGCUCCUGCAAGGGAAGCCUAAAACGGACAUCCCAAUCGUGGAGGUGUAUUGGACGGAGGGGCAGUUCUGGACAAUGGCCAACCGACGUUUGGCUGUUUUCCGUCUGUUUCAGCAAAGGCGGCCCGCAGAGGGUGCCACCAUCAGAGUUCGGGUCGCAGAUGAGCGAGCUGCACAGGCCUGGGGUUUCUGGAAGCGAUGGACGACUGGCCUCUGGAGGGGUCGCAGGGCCCAGAUUCGGUCGACGUCGGAAAUGAUCGGCCGGUGCAGGGAGGAGACUUUUUUCUAUUCCCUGGAAGGCUCCAUCGAGCAAGUACGGGAACAGACGGGCUUCGAGCGUGCCCCAAGACCCGAGACGAUGGUCAAGGCCCUCAAAGAACUUCGAUGCGAACAAGAGGGCGAGGGUGGGGAGAACGAUGACAUGGAGGAAAUGGAGGACAGAGGCAGCGGUGAUUCGGAUCAAGACAGCGAGGAACUGGAGAUGGAGGAUAACUGUGUGGUUUUGAGCGGGCCGCACGUUUCACGAUUCCUGAUCACUAGGCAGCUAGAUGCCUUGGAAGCGCCGGAGGCACACUGGAGGUACUCCGUAUCAGAGUCCGUUACUGCUCGGGACUUGCUGCGAUCCCCCCAUGCAAGCGAGCUCACGGUCCAGACGCCCAUUCCAGAGACCUUCUGCAACUUGUACGAGUACCUGCGCAGCUUCGCUUUGCCCAUGCUCGAGGAGCUGCGUGAAGAUCUGAAGAAAUCUCUGGAUCCCUUUGAGCUGGACCUGGAUGCGGCGGAGGAAAUCCGCUUGGUGCCUUUGGAGGUUGCUCAGGAAACCAUGAAGAGCGAAGGCAUUCCUCGAACGCCUCUCUGGUUUCCCGAGUCGGACUCCGAAGAAGUAAUGCUGAUACUGGCUGGAGAGGAUCGUACGAAGAAUGCACUCUGCGCAAAGUGCGCUCCCGGCCAAAUGUGCCUGCUGUUCGAGGAUGGUUCCAUCACGAAAGAUAUGGCCCUACCCGGCACCGGACCUGAAGACGACUUGGCCAGACAGGCGUUGCCGUUGAAAGUCCGUCCUGGAGGUUGUUACAGACUGGGCCUUCUCCACACGACUCCGAAGAGUAAGCAUGCUCUGGUCCUCAUCUCGCAGGACAAGCACCUGCCCCCGUGCGAAGCGAACGAUGUGUUCAAGGUUGAGUACCCCGGAGGCUGCGCCGAAGCGAGAGCCGAUGUCGAGCUGGUCAGGAGCCCAAGCUUAGAGGGUGUCUGGCUGAUUGGCCAUGUCACGCGCCCAGGGAAGGCCUGGCAGGCGGGCAUUCGGUCAGGACAGCUGAUCAGAGAAGUUGAAGGCUGGGACAGUGAUCCGCUAUCGCAGGAGUCGUUGGCGACGGGGGUGCGAUUGGUGGUUGAAGGCAAGCCACGGAAGUGGAGACUUGUCGUGCUGUCUUGCAACGCGUUGACAUCCAUCCGUAUUGGAACCGCGCUGGCCAACCCCGCUGGUCACCAUCCUAUUUUUUGGCAGCGUGAAAUCUCUGGUCAGCCCGAACAUGAUGUCAGCACCUUCGGCGGGACAUCGGAAGCCCAGUGCGCUGCGAUGCGAUCUGGCUUGACAGUUGCAGACCUACAGGAAAUGGGGUUGAACUUCUCCCAAGCCAAUGCAGUACAGAACCUGGUCGAUUGUGCACAUGGAGUUCGUCUGGUGCAAGGGCCACCAGGUACUGGGAAAACGCACACCUUGGCUGUGCUCCUGGAGCAGUGUGCGAAACUUGCGCUCAGCACCAUGGAGGAGACGGAGGACUCUAAGCCAGCAACCAAGAAAAAGAGGAAGAAUCGCUUCCAGAAGCACAGCCCGCCCGAGCCGGAGCCACCAGAUGUUGACAUGAGGCGGCGCCACGCGAAUCGUUGCCUCGUGUGCGCACCAACGAACAUCGCAGUGCAAGAGGUCCUGCGACGAUUGCUGGAGCGCAUUGGGCCAGAACACUGGUGUCAGGUGGUUUUGGUUGCAACGGAAGAUCGUGCGAACGUAGGGUGGUCUGACCAGCUCCGCGGGGCUGAAGAGCGGGUGGCGGCCGUGCUUCUCGACCACCGAAAGAAGCGGGUGAAACGCAUCGCUCGCUUCUGGCUUGGAGAAGGCUUUGAGAACGCCAAGCCGCAUCUCCGCCAGCCUGAUUGGGCCUACGAACCUGGCAACUCCUGCUUCGCCCUGCUGCUCUGCAAGCCUCUUCAGGCUUUUGCUCGCCUCUACCAGAGCAAGGGCAGCAAGAGCAGCAAGGGGAAUGGGAAGCAAGGAAAAGACAGAGUGCAGGUUGUGAGCCUGCUGGACUUCGUGCAUCAGAAGCUCAAGGACAUCUUGCGGACGGUCCAAGACCAGCAGGAGAAGCUCCAGAGAGAGGUCGCUUUCAAGACCCAGGAGUUCCGUCCUUUCUUCUGCUCCAAGCAGGAGAGGAGGAGACUCGCCGCAGAAGGGGAGGUUUUCCGCAAGCUCGUGGCGCUGCGCGAUCAGCUUGAGUCUUUCCGGCAGAAGCUCACAGAACUCGUGGAAGGCUGGGAGCCCAAGCUUCCCGGAGAGGACUGGUUGGACCUGCCCAUGGCAAGUCCGAGAAAGGGUGUCGGCACAGGCAAAGGCGAGAGCAGCAGCGACCAGCCCAACAUGGCUCAGGAGAGAAAGAAAGCCUACUCCUUUGUGCAGUGGGUCGUGCAGGGUGAGGCUGAUGCGAAAGCCAAGGCUCUGGAAGGGUUGACAGAGCUGCUCGGCCUGGAUGCGUCCCCAGUUGCUACGGUAACUGAAGAGGCCUUAGCUGCUGCAGAGAAGCGGCUUAAGCUUCUGCUGCACCCCGACAAGGCCUCUCCAGACAUGAGGCUAGUCGCCACCGGCGCUUUCCAGGAUUGGGAGGAGGCGAUGAAAGCGGUGCGCAAGUCCUUGCGCUGUCCGGUCCCUGCAUCCCAGGACACCUACCCUGAGCCUGGCCACCCCAGCCCAGCCAGCCAUGGAUUUGUGGUAAAGGUGGACGAGCGAAUGCGGGCUUGGCUCUCGGAGGCGACUGUGGAGGCUUUGGAAGCUUGCACGGAGGCUCACAUCGAGCUGCUUUCAGCUUGCACGGCGGUGCGGACCGCAGAGUCUUCUUUUCUCAAAGGAGCGCUCCUGAGGAGAGCGGCGCUUGUCUUCUGCACCCUUACGGUGGCGGGGCGGGCAACGGUGUGUGGACAACAGAUACCAACGGUGCUCAUCGACGAGGCUUGCCAGGCGUGUGAGGCCGAAACGCUGCUGGCUCUCAGAAGUUGGGUGCAGCGCCUUUUCUUGGUGGGCGACCCACGCCAGCUCCCGGCGACAGUGUCUUCACCAUUGGCCAAGCAGGCUUUCUAUGCUCGUUCCAUGUUUGAGCGCCUUGAGCAGACCGGCACGAAUGCAGACCUCCUGGAGGAGCAGUACCGCAUGGAUCCGCCGAUAUUGUGCUGGUCCAACGAAUGCUUUUACGGUGGCAGAAUCCGCACGGCGGCCAGCGUGCUGCAAAGGGAGGUCCAUACGGAUCCGGAUCCAGCUCGUUGGUCUCCACGUGAUCAGCACCGACAUGGUCCUUUCAGACUGAUGGACACUUCCAGGGAAGGCUGGCUGGAGGAACAGGUGAGGUUCUCGUUUCGCAAUCUUGGUGAAGCGCAAUUCCUCAUGGCAUUUCUCCACACAUUCUUCCGAGACUGCCGUCCAGAUAUUGGGACCACUGUCGGUAUCAUCACACCUUACCGGGCUCAAGUGGAGCUGCUCCAACACCUUCUUGAGAAAGCCCACGAACGCGUGCGUGCCAACACGUCAGUGGCGACAGUGGAUGGCUUCCAAGGAAACGAGCGUGAUCUUAUCAUUAUCUCCACCGUCAGGUCUGGAGGCAGUAUAGGUUUCAAUGCCGACGAGCGGCGGCUGAAUGUGGCAGUCACUCGAGCCAAGCGGAAUGUUUGGAUCAUUGGUGACAUGGAGACCUUGUACCGUGGACAGUCCAAAGGCAAUGUUUGGCGCAGUCUCCUGGCAUUUGCUCGAUCGCGAGCAUGGGUCCUCCCAGCCUUGACCCCGCCACUGACCGAGCCUGCGAAGCCGCGGUCAACUGAUCCCCCAGCAACGCGGGACAUGCUGUGGACAGAAUUGCAAAGAGCGGCAUGGGAGGAGCAGAAGGCAGUGGGCUGGAUGAGGGCGCGACUAGUCGGCGGAUGUUGGCAAGCCUACUGCAGUUUGUGUGACCGGGUUGCCGAAGAUGGCCACUUGGAGAGCAAGCCGCACCAGGACAAAAAGGAAGAGCCGCAGAAGCAUUUGGCAUUGCAGAGCCGCCUGGAGGGCUUCUUCGUGCGGCUCCAGCUGGAGCCAGGCGAGGAGCCGGGACUCUGUGCUUCCGCGGGUGCGAGCCGGCGCGCGCCGGAGCGUGCGAGGGUUCUGGGCGUUGAGCCGGGCUCGGUGCUGGAGCGGUGGAACGUGUGGGCUCGGCAGUUCGACCUGGAAGUCGUCGAGGGUUCUGUGAUCCUGGAAGUAGACGGCUUGACGGGGCAAAUGGCCACAGACGCCCUGGAGGCACAGUCAGCCAAUUCCUCGGGCCCCAGGAAGCGGAGUCUUGGCUUCACGGUUGCGCUUGGCACCAGCCAGGGCAGUGACGAGGAAGCUGAAGAUGAUGCUUCGCCGGAAAUCCAAGCGUGGGAGAGCAGCUAUGCUGGCUAUGCUUGGCCACCGCAGAGCUCUGCCGAAGACCAGCCCCCCAGCGCAGCUGCGGACGCCAGCAGCUUUCCCUCGCCUUGCUUCAGCAAUUCCCUCAAAACUCCUCCUCCUCCUCCUCCUCCAGUGAGCUCGCCACCGAUCACAGAUCGAAUUCCUGGGGCCUGCGGCUCUUUUCCGUCCGUGUUGCAGCUGAGCCGUCGGGGUCGGGAACGGGGCGUGGGAGUCCUCUGGGAGGCUCUGGUGGAUGAGAUCAAAGCGAAGGAAACUUAUGAUCUGGCCUCCGCCCAAAUUGGCCCAGCACUUUCGCAGGGCGACACCGUGCUCCAAAGCGACGCCGCAGCGAUCGUUCGCCUCCAAACUGGGCUACUUCGAAUGAAGGUGGCCACCACAGAGGGAAGCAGUGCGUGGGUUACUCUCGAUGCCCGGGCUUGCGGCGCGAACGGGAUUCUCUUCUUCAGCCCCGGAUGCGCUGGGAGUUUAUGGCAGGUGGACAAGACGGUUAUUGUCAGGAGUGAGGUGGGUCUGGAGUCCGAUGAGGUGGCACGGCUGUCUCAAGGGACGGUCGUCUUGCAGACUGGCCCGUGCCAGGAACAUGGAAAGACCCUCCGAAUGCCGGUCUAUCGGAUGGGAAUGUCAGGUUGGGUGACCUUGUCAGCACGAGCUGCAGGGGAGCCACUAUUGCAGUUCUACCUCCCUGGAGGUCACGGCAGCUGCUGGAAAGCCUUGGGACCCCUCAAGUGCCGAGAGGCUCCAUCUCUGCAGUCUGCACCUGUCGACCCGCCGGUCGAAGCUUUUCACAUCGUUCGUCAGCACGGUGAAAUUGAGUUGCUCGAGAACGGAAUCAUGCGACUGCCAAUCACAAGGGGUUCCCGGAUGGAAGUUGCCUGGGUAACCUUGGAUGCACGUUGCGCCCUGGCUGCCAGUGGAAACUCGGGAGAUGACAGAGUAUAUCUCGAGUUCGUCAACCACGCCUCUCAGUUCUGUGGCCUUAAUGCUUGA